CCAUCCUGCGACAAAUCGACGAGGUCUAGAUCUGUUUUCACACGUUAACAUCUCGAUAUCAAAGAUGGGCAUAUCUGGCAGCACAAUCUCCUUUUCGAAGGGACUGUAUCAUCAUCUCUUCGAACUUGUCUUGGAACUUGCCAGACCAUUGGUUCGAAGUUUGACAACUCUUUGCCAGCAGCAGAAGCGCCUGAGUCAACAAUUCAAGAGUAGCAACUAUGAUGACACGUCCACUUCGUCGAUUAUGGCCACAAUGGGUACCAGAUCUACACGUCCUUCAACGUGCUUGACAUUGGCUACCAACAUCUCGCAAUCAUACCUCCUCAUCAAGUCAUCUACGUGUUGUGGCCUCCCUUUGGCAGGGUUCGAAAUCACAACUCACAACAAUUGGGCGCGUGUCCUACAACUUGCCGGACAAUGUAACUCGAGAUCUCAAGAGAUACCUCGCAUUGGCUGGCUCGUCCUUCUGGUUCGUAGCCUCGUGGGUACUUCCUGUUCGAUAACGGAAGGGGUUUAUAGCCUCGUCGGUACUUCCUCUUUCAUUGACUGAAGCUAUUCACGCUAACGUGUCAUACGAUAGGCUACAUGAGCUACUUAAGAGAUCUUCUAUCUCCAUCCUCCGUCUCUGUUACAUCUCUUUUGCAUGGCCGGGUCUGGGCAUCACUUCCAGCAACAUCCAUAGAACUAUCAUGAAGUCGAGCAACGUUAUGUCUACUGGACAUGGGUCCUUGACACAAAUGUGCCACAGAGCUGCAAGAAUAGUCAAUAGGCC